GUGUUUCUCUUUUUCCACAUAGACUGUCCUUCAUCCACCUGGAUUCAGUUCCAAGACAGUUGUUACAUUUUUCUUCAAGAAGCCAUCAAAGUAGAAAGCAUAGAGGAUGUCAGGAAUCAGUGCACUGACCAUGGAGCAGACAUGAUAAGCAUACACAAUGAAGAAGAAAAUGCUUUUAUCCUGGAUACCCUGAAAAAGCAAUGGAAAAGCCCGGAUGAUAUCCUACUAGGCAUGUUUUUUGACACAGAUGAUCAGAGUUUCAAGUGGUUCGAUAAGUCAAAUAUGACAUUUCACAAGUGGACAGACGAUGAUGAUGAAGAGGACCUAGUUGACACCUGUGCCUUUUUGCACACCACGACCGGGGAAUGGAAAAAAGGAAAUUGUGAAGUUUCUUCUGUACACGGAACCCUCUGUAAAGCAGCUAUUCCAUAUGAAAAGAAAUAUUUAUCAGAUAACCACAUUUUAAUAUCAGCUUUGGUCAUUGCUAGCACAGUAAUUUUGGCAGCUUUGGGAGCAAUCGUUUGGUUCCUGUACAAAAGAAAUUUGCAUUCUGGUUUCACCACAGUUUUUUCAACGGCACCCCAAUCACCUUAUAACGAUGACUGUGUUUUGGUAGUUGCAGAAGAAAACGAACAUGCUGUUCAAUUUGACUGAAACUUUGGAAAUCUCGGAUUAGGACAUCGAAUACAGUGAAAGUGAUUCAUUGGCAAUGAGUGUUUAUGGUAUAUAUCCUUAUUUCAGUAACAUCCCUCAUCUCAUAUGAAAAAGGAAUGAUCUUAGAUGUUAGUGGUUUUAACACCUCUCCGCCAACUGUUAACUUUUCACUUGAAGGAAAGCUUAACGCCCAAGCAGAAAAAAAUAAAAACCCACUUUACUUGU